AUGAGCUCUAGACUCUUAGAACAAUAUGUAUAUCUGUUUUUAUUAUUUAUUAUCAUAAAUAUAAAUAAAAAUCAUUUUAUUAAUUGCGAAUUUACAAGAGAAUUAGUUGUUAAAAAAGACUUUUUUAAUGGAAUUAAACCAAAUGAAUUUUCUGUUUAUGAUACAAGCGAAAAAAAUUUAAAAUAUCGUAUAGAUACAAAAUGGUUUAAAAUACAUGGAGUUUCAAUAACAGCAAAACCAUCUAAUGAAGAAAUAGCUACUGUAGAAGCAAAAUUAACAUGGCUUUUAUAUGAAGCCAAUUUUCGUAUAUUAGAUAAUGGUGUAUGGAAAGAUGGUACUAUAAAACGUAAAUUUAAAGUAUUUUACAAUACAUAUGAAAUUAAUUAUGAUCAAAAAGUUAUCACACUAGAAGGUGAUGUAUAUAAAUGGAAUUUGAUUUGGAAAGAUGUUAAUACAGGCAAAGUAUAUGGUCAAAUACGGAAACGUGCAAUAUCAUUAAUUUUACCAAAUGUUUAUGAAUUGUUUAUGACAGAUGAUUUUCCUGAAGCAUUUUACCUCGUUGGUGUAGCUGUUGCUGAUAGAUUUAGCUCUAGUAGUAGCAGUAGCAGUAGCAGCAGAAAGAACGGUUAA